CUUCAAACCCCGCGCUGUGCCUUUUCUCGAUAAUCCAACUUCAUUCAUUGUGCAUUAGCCAUGGCUCCUCACAUGACUACCCUGAAGGGCGACAAGUUCGACCGGCCGCUCUUUGAGUCGGUUUUGAAGCGGAGGUUGUUCUUCACCGAGGCAUUCGAAAUAUAUCGACUCUCCGCCAACUUCAAGGGCGAUAACCGUGGCCUCUUCGACUAUGGCCCGCCAGGAUGCGCCCUGCAGGCCAACCUCGUGGAUACCUGGAGAAAGCACUUUGUGCUCGAGGAGAACAUGCUGGAGUUGGAUUGCACCGUCAUCACCCCAGAAGCCGUUCUCAAGACCAGCGGCCACGUUGACAAGUUUGCCGAUUGGAUGUGCAAAGACCCCGUCAAGGGUGAAUAUCUGCGAGCUGAUCAUCUCGUUGAGGGCGUACUCGAAUCACGACUCUCGCGCGGGGUAAAUGGACCCGCGAAGGACUCUCCUAAGCUGGAGGAGUCAACAAUCGCCGAAUACAAAAACAUCCUUGCCCAGAUCGACAAUUACGACGGUAACGACCUCGGCGACUUGAUCAAGCGACUCGAUAUUCGAAAUCCAGAUGGCAAUGGCGAAGUUAACCCACCGAUACCCUUCAAUCUGAUGUUUAAGUCCACCAUUGGUCCAAGUGCAGCUGCUCCUGUCUACCUUCGCCCGGAAACCGCUCAGGGGCAGUUCUUGAACUUCAAGAAGCUGCUCGACUAUAACCAAAACUCAAUGCCGUUCGCUUCUGCCAGUAUCGGCAAAUCCUACCGAAACGAGAUUUCGCCUAGGUCUGGCCUUCUCCGAGUGAGAGAAUUCCUGAUGGCCGAGAUUGAGCAUUACGUCGACCCCGAGAAUAAGGACCACCCGCGGUUUGAUGAGGUCCGCGAAGUUGAAUUGCCUCUGCUCAACAAGGAGACGCAGCUUUCUGGCAAGACAACGCUUCAGACCAUGACAGUGGAGCAAGCAAUCAAGUCCAAGACCGUUGACAACGAAACGCUUGGCUACUUCCUUGGAAGAGUCCUGUUGUUCCUUCUCAAGAUUGGAGUUGAUCCUUCAAAAAUCCGGUUUAGGCAACAUCUGGCAAAUGAGAUGGCUCACUACGCGUGUGACUGCUGGGAUGCUGAGCUUCUCACGAGCUAUGGCUGGAUCGAAUGCGUCGGCUGUGCUGACCGGAGUGCGUACGACUUGACAGUGCAUUCAAAGUACACGGGCACUCCGUUGGUGGUCAAGCAGGCACUGGCUGAGCCGGUCAAGGUGGAAGAAUGGCAGGCGACGCUCGACAAGAAACUUGUUGGGCCGCGUUUUAAGCAAAAUGCGAAGGCUAUCCAGACAGCCGUUGACGCCCUUGACCAAACCUCCCUCACGAGCUUGGCUUCCGAGCUCCAAGAAAAGGGGAUCGUGACCAUUAGCACGCCAGCUUUGUCCGAUGGCAGAACCUCUGUGGAGCUUUCAAGCGACCUUCUGACCAUCUCCUGGGUGACUCGUACUCGGAACACCCGCGAAUACACCCCAAAUGUUAUCGAGCCUUCGUUCGGUGUUGGGCGUAUCUUGUAUAGCCUUCUGGAGCAGGUAUACUGGCAUCGACCCAAUGACACUGCAAGAGCGGUGUUGUCAUUGCCCCUUUCUGUAGCGCCAACCAAAGUUCUUAUCGUUCCGCUCUCUGCCCAACCUCAAUUUGCACCCCUGGUCCGCAAGCUCUCGGCCCGGCUCCGUUCCUUGGGGAUUUCCAACAACGUCGACUCAUCCAAUGCAUCUAUCGGCAAGAGAUACGCGAGAAAUGAUGAACUUGGGACGCCGCUGGGCAUUACCAUCGACUUUGACACAGUGGAAGACGGCUCGAUUACCCUUCGAGAACGGGAUACCACGGUGCAGGUUCGAGGGUCGGAAGAUGAUGUUGUCCAAGCCGUUAGGAAUCUGGUAGAUGGCACUGAGUCGUGGGAACAGGUUUCCCAGCGCUUGCCGGUAUUCACUGGCCAGGGCAAUGAUAACUAGACCAUGAGGUAUGAUGGGAAAGAUGGAUCGUACGGAGUUGGAGGGACACCAUCAAGUACAUGUAUGAGGAGGCCAAGGCAAAAGAAAAUGGGGUUCCAGACUAGGUAGUCCAGCCAAUGCCCAGUAUUCGACAGUUUCAUCCAACUAACUGGGUACCUGGAUUGUUGCCAAAAUCCCAACGGCCUGAUCCGAU